AGCUAAUUUACCCCUGUAAGGCUACACGCUAGCUAUCUAGCUCAUUGACUUCAACCCAUAUUGUGGUGUUUCGGGUAUCAGUCUAUAUGUAAAAUGUGUUGUAAAGUUUUCCUCUUUGUUGUUCGUAUAGGUCAAUCAGAAAGCGCGCAAGCUAGAAGUUCUCCGAUUUUAUUGAUGUGACUCACUGAUAUAAUACUGUUGCUGUACUGACCAUACUUUAUUAAUCGUCAGGGAUAAUAAGGUUCAUGGGCUGUCAUCAAAUCAAAUUGUAUUCCUCACAUACUUAAUAAACAACAGGUGUGGACUAACAGUGAAAUGUUUAGUUAUGGGCCCUUCACAACAAUGCAUAGAUAUAUUUUUGGGGAGAAGUAAUAGAAAAGUAAAACGCAUUAUAAAAGUAAUAAUAGAUAACUUGGCUAUAUACAAGCGCAGCCCGGUUCAAGACUUUUGGGGACCCUAAGUAAAAUGAGGUUGGGGGGCCCUCCACCCCAUGAUAAAACAUUAUAGUGGCCCCCUUCUUGACAGUGGAGAGAAAUGUAUGUUUUCCUGCAAUGCUACUCAUUUUGCCAUCGGGUGGAGAGACAUUUUUGCAGUUUUGAAGCUGAUUUCCUGCAAUUCUACACAUUUUGUAAUGACUUAUGUUAAUAUGAUAUCUGUGAGAAUUACUUGCAAAAGGAAUAGGGGCCCCCUGGAGGUCAGGGCCCCUGGGCACUUGCCCUGCGUGUCGGUCGGUAUUCGGCCAUGAAUACUACAAGUUUAGUUAACUGGCUAGACUAACUAACAAUCUAAAAGUUGUUAGCUGACAUGGCUAAUUGAGCGGCUGUCAGUGACUGAUAUAACAAGAGCAAAACUGCUGAUGCACAACCAAAUUUCAAAAUUGCACCUGGUGUAUUCUACUAUUCUUACUCUCGUCUAAAUAGUAAGUUUAGACCCUGACUGAGUUCCUUGGGGUCCCCUAGCAGCUGGGGGCCCUAAGCAACUGCUUAUGUCGCUUAUGCCUGGAACCGACCCUGUACAAAGGGUACCGAGCUAAUUGAGGUUGAUAUGUACAUACAGUUAAUUCGGAAAGUAUUCAACCUCUUCCCUUUUCCACCUUUUGUUACAUUACAGCCUUAUUCAAAAAUGUGUUAAAUUAAUUUCCUUCAUCAAUCUACCGUAAUUUCCGGACUAUAAGCCGCUAAUUUUUUCCCACGCGUUGAACCUCGCGGUUUAUACAAUGACGCGGCUAAUUUAUGGAUUUUCCCGCUUUCACAAGAUUCAUGUCGCCAAAAAACUGAGCACCGUCACAUAAUGUGAAGUAAAUCGAGCGCGCUCAAACUUCCCAUCAUUCUGAUUACGGUAGUCAUUUUGUCACCCUCAUCAUGGCAAAGACACGGAGAAAUGCAUAUGAUGCAGCUUUCAAGUUGAAGGCGAUCGAUCUGGCUGUUGGAAAAGGAAAUAGAGCUGCUGACAGCGUGGAGCAUUGUCAAAAAAUCCACUAUCAUCAACGGGUUUUGAAAGGCUGGACUGCUGCGUGUUGAAGAGGGCAGCGAUCCAACAUCGGAUGAAGCUAUUCAACUCCGACACCGAAGGAGAUGACUUCAGUGGUUUCAGUGCACAGGAGGAGGAAGAUGGUGACCAUUGACUUUCUCGGUUUAGGAGACACUUCAUCUACACUCUGAUGCAUUUGUGACUUAGUCAACGGUGAGACUGCUUAAUCUUUCGGUUAGUCGUCCUCCCUUGUCAACUGUGUUGCUGUUGCCCUGUGUUCCACACCAUGGCACGCCACAGUAAGCUGCAAAAACAGGUGUUGUCUCUGUACCGCCAGUUCCUGCGUGCUGGCCAGGACAAGCCAGGCUUUCUACCCAGGAUCCGGGAUGAGUUCCGAGAGAACUCCAGCAUCAAGAAGACUGAUGUCAUGCACAUAGAAUACCUUUACCGGCGCGGACAGAGACAGCUAGACCAGCUGAAAGAUGUGAACACAAAGCAACUAGGAACUUUCUCCAAACCUAAGGCAGAGCGAUAACCAACACUAUUUCCGUCUCCACACCCUCUGUUGUAGCUACCUCUAGUUAUGUGGAUAAUACACCAUUAUCCAUUGUGUUACGUUCAUCAUUCACUAGUCAGAUUACUACUUUCAAUCUGCAGCUGAGUAAGUGCAGUCAUUGUCCUAAGCAAUGGCCAUUGUUCUGAACUGUAUAAAAGUACCAAUGCACUGUACUCUUUCAUAGAGCUGGAUAGCACUGAUGAUGAUGAUGAUAAAUGUUUAAGUCAAUCUCUGGCCAGUGAGUUUGUUGGGUUGAGCAGACCAGUUGCUCUGGUCAUUGUUGUAAAAUACUUACUUUCAUCUUGCUACAUUUACCUGUUGAGUGUUUUGGAUUAAAGACUUUUAUCAUCA